AUGGUUGAGAUUUAUAAAAAAUACAAUACCGAUUUGUCUAAGGUGUUGGGGCAGUAUGGGCAAGCUGCAAACGCCACUACCAAAAUGAUAUUUGUCAACCGUUUUAAAAAAAUUGGUCUAGCAUCCGGCAAAAUGUCUGCGGGUUCCGUGCCCAAAUUUUGUUGCAAGACAGUCGUGGAGAUCAACUUGCCAGAGUUGGAAGAAAUGCUUGAAGCUUUAAACAAAUGUUCAAAGCAGCCGGGCAGUGUGAAUUAUUUUGAAUUGGGUGAAUCCACAGCGUAUAGUGGUGAUAUCCUUAAGCUUGUGCUUAAGGGUAGCGAGUACGGGUGGUUAUGUCUAUGUAAAUUAAAAAAAGCCAGCGUUCCAGAUUGUUUCCCCGUCGACGACGACAACCCAGAUCCCUCCCCAUUUUCAGAAACUCCCACCGACGAAUUGAAAGUGGAAUGGAGUGAAUGUUUUGAGAAAUUUUAUAUCAGUAAAAACGAAGAUUGGUCUGAAUUUGGCAAGAAACUUCGUGAUUUUUGGCAUGAUAUAAAUUCAAUUUGGAAUGAUGAUGGUACAGAACCCUCAACAGCCGAGCACCCGACACCAAGAAAAAACCAACCGUCAACUAGCCCGUUACUUAGCCGUCAACAACUGUCAACGUCCAUGUCGCCAGCAAAAUCGACGAGAAAGCAGACCAGCUCGCCUGUGAAAAGAAAACAAUCUGGUGAGAAAAAGACUUCUAAUAAGAAGAAAAAAGUCGCAAUUGUUGAGUCAGACAGCGAGGUGAGUUCAUCAUCAUUCGAUAAUCAAAUGUACUUUGAUACUACGGAUAAUUACGUAAACCCUGACAAACAGCGUGCGCAUUUUAGAACAAUCUUACAAACACCUGAUUAUAAAAGCGCAAAGGAAACCCUAAUUAGAGAACUUAAAAUAACUCACCCGAAAAAAUUUAAAUAAUUAUUUUCUUAGCGUGAAGAUAAAGAAAUAAUUGCCGCAGUGGUUACGUGUAUGAUAGAAUAUAGUGCAACGGUGGGGGAGGUGGUGAAAAUGUAUAUCAACGAUCUACAUAAGAUUCUACCCGACGUUGAUUUUGUAAAAUUUGUCAAACAGCGUGUGGACGAUAUAAAUACCGUAUACAAACAGUUAAAAUCUGGUUUGGUUUGAUUUACAGUGAUGGUAAAGAGAAAGAAGACCCAGAACAUUGAUGCUGCUUUAAUCAAAAAGGCCGCAAGAUUAUUAAAAAAUGAACAAUUGACUGCUGAACAACACAUCGCUUAUAAAUUACAUGCUCAAAGACGUAUACAUUUUAAACGUUUAAAAAUACAUAUAGAUAGGCGUAAUGAACAAUGGAGUAUAGAUCUGGCAGAUUUAAAACAAUUAUUAGGGUAUAAUGAUCAAUAUCGUUAUCUUCUUGUGUGUAUUGAUAUUGCUACGUGCUAUGCGGUCGUAAAACCCCUAAAAAAUAAAACUGCUAAUAAUGUGCGCAAAAAAUUCGAAGAAAUUUUAAGCGAGGCGGGUGGUAUCCCGAAAAAAAAUUCAAGCUGACGAGGGUACAGAGUUUAACCAAAUAAAAAAGAUCUUUCUAAAAAAUAUGGUUUCACUCUGUUUCACACACAAAACCGCGAGACAAAGGCCGUGCACGCCGAACGUUUUAUCCGAACAUUUAAACAAAUGAUUACGCGUUCGUUAACCACUUUGAACAUGGGCUACCGUUAUAUAAAAUAUUUGCCCACAAUUGUAGAACGAUAUAACGAGGCACCGCAUCAGGGUAUUUUUGGUGCCACCCCUGUAGAUCUGUAUGUACAUCAGAAAAUCCCAAAGAAUUUUCAAUUUCAGCUUGUAAAAAGAGAUUUAAAUACACACGCACAGCCCACAACCGAUUUAUUACGCAAGGGGACACGUGUACGCAUAGCGCGUAUCAAGAAUAUCACGUUUGAAAAGUCUAGUCUACGACGUUGGGUAAAAGAAGUGUUUGUUAUUCACAAAGUGUACAUUACCGAUCCUGUAACGUAUAAACUACGAGAUAGCAAGGGCGAAGAUAUCAGAGGUAUAUUUUAUCGUGAAUAAUUACAGACAUUAAAAUGAAUUUGAAAAUCUUUAGUAAUGCACCCAACGCUGUUGGUGGUACCAACUAUAAUAAUCAGUUUGUAAUGAAAUUGCCCGACAAAAUAGACGCUGAAAAUCAGCAAAAAACAUUGCGUGUGCUUAAUGUUACGUAUCCCUUAACUAUCGAGAACGUUUCGAAAGAAUCCUGUGGUAUCCGGUUACAGUACAACUGGUAUAAGUUUCGAGCAAAAUCAAAUUGUGCGGGUGCGGGUAUAGCUUCGCCUGAAGAAGAAGUGACGUUUGAUACCCAAUGGUUAUAUUUACCCCCCGGAUAUUACACGCUUGAUAAAAUGUUGGAAGUUCUGAAUGCGUAUGUAAAUGAAUACGGCGUCUAUUUUCUAGAAUUACCCUCAAAAAGAGUGGGUGUUACAAUGAACGUGGCGGGGAUAGAUUUUGUUUAUCGAUAUAACAACACCGACCCGGUUGUUCGAAAGGGGUUCGAGUUUAUCAGCAGGGCUAAUGCAAUCCAAUUAGAAUUCACUAAAAAUCUAAAAUAUAUGUUGGGUCUUGACGAGUGGAUUCUUCACCCCAGUGGACUCUCCAACGUUCCAGAUAAUAAAAACCCAAUAUCAGCAUAUGAAUGCGUACGAUGA